GGAAACGCUCGUACAGGGAUGUAGUAGCUCGAAGUUAUGAUGAAUAACGUUUACUUUCUCCAACUUAUUAUUUAGUUACGCUUUUCUAGAAUGCAUCAGUAAUUUAUUUGAAGUUGCAUGUAGUAGCUUUUUGUAUCAUAGCGCAUGUAGGCAUAAUGUCAACUUGCAAGAUUUCGUUUACUUUUUCAAUGGGAUGGCAAACUGUUCGAUGCUGACUUCUAGUGUCAACGUUGUCCCCAAGUUAGGCAAGCCUCUGGUUCUGGUUAGCUAAUUCAUUGGCUCGUUGUCGUUGCAAUGUCAAAAGGCAAGAGACUGGCUGAUUCAGAUGAUGACCUUCAAGAGAGGGAAGAUGAGUUAAAUCCAUUUUCCUUCAAGGAAUUCAUCAGAAGCAAAGAACAGCAUGGAAAUAAUCCUCUGGCCUCUGAUGGGAAAGGUCAUGUCACAAAAGAGAAGACUUAUGUCCGUGCGGAUCAACCAGAACGGGACUGCUCCCUGCCAGCUAAAGGCUUUGACGAAGACCAAAAAGGACUUUAUUUUAGUGACAGUAUCUCCCAAGAACACACUGACAUUGAUGAGCCAGAAGAGGAGUGGGCUGGAAGCUAUCAGCCUCUAGCCUUUGAGGAGGCGCACAAUUUGGGUCUUUGUGGAACUAUAGACAGGAUUGCGCUCUCUGAUGGUUAUCCUUUUACAAGCUUUGGGAAUUAUGAAACAGAGAAAGAGACUUUCAUAACUGAUGUACCAUACCAGACCUGUGAAAGCAAUGCCGAGUAUGGAAAUGGGAGACAUCCGAAGCUAAAAGAGGAGAAUGCUCAGUUAAAGAAGCACAUCAAGGAGCUCUUGAAAAAGUCAGAGGUUGAUGACCAAAGAAUCAGACACCUUACUGAGGAGUUGCAGAAUAAGAAGGUGCAGGAUGAGUGUGAGGCGAAAGCUUUGGAGACUAUGGUUCAGUCUGUUGAACAGAAUCUUCAGCUAAUGACUAAACGAGCAGUCAAGGCGGAAAAUACAGUGACAAAACUGAAACAAGAAAUUCAUCAACUACAGGACCAACUGGAGGUGUACAGGGGAGAAGUGGCUGUCAUGAAUGCCAUGAAACGCAAUGCACACACAGCCUCUGAAUAUCUCAGCAAAGCGACACGUGAUGCUGAAACUUCCAUCAAGCAAUUAUUGACAGGAGCAGAAACAUUACAUCUUGUAUCUCAGAUGCUCAACUCUAUUGACAAGAUCACUGAGAACAUACCAGAGACAUGAUUUGUCUGUGAUAGUGCCUUUUUAAUAAAAUUCAGAUGAAGGUCGCCUUUCUUUAACAAUGUUUGCUAUUUAGUAUUUAAUAUUUUGUAUGAUUUAGGUAUUGCUUCUCCGUUCCUGUACCAUUUUACCAUCCGGUUUGGUCCCAUCCACCAUAACAAUCAAUGGCAAAAGGAUAACUAAUCUCAAUAAAUCUAUUUCUU